GAAAAUAAAAAUAACUAAUUAAGUCAUUUUACUAAUUGAAAAGUCAAGAGGCUCAUUGCCAAAUUUUCUAUCCAUUCCUUGUUCCUCCCCCACCCUUCUCUCCCGACAUAAAUUCAUAUUCAAAUUCCUCAUUGAAAACAAAAUAGCUCUUUGGUUUUGUGGUUUAAAUGGGUUCAGAAUCUGAUGAGUGCCAGGUGAUCUUGGGGGUAGAUGGGGGCACUACCUCCACUGUGUGUGUUUGCAUGCCACUUCUUCCCUUUUCCGACAUCCAUAUCCUCCCUGAUCCUCUUCCGAUUCUGGGCCGCGCCAUUGCCGGAUGUUCCAAUUUUAAUAGCGUUGGAGGAGAUGUAGCUAGAGAAACACUGGAAAAGGUUAUAGCAGAAGCAUUGUUUGAUGCUGGUGUCAAACAAUCAGCUGUUAAAGCAGUUUGUUUGGGUCUAUCUGGUGUGAACAAUUCAAAGGAUCAGGAGAAAAUAUUAGGCUGGCUGAGGAGCACAUUCCCUAGUGAUGUUAAGUUGUAUAUUCAGAAUGAUGCCGUGGCUGCUCUAGCAAGUGGUACAAUGGGAAAACUUCAUGGCUGUGUUUUGAUAGUUGGUACUGGAAGCAUUUCUUAUGGAUUUACUGAAGAUGGAAGAGAAGCUCGGGCCGCGGGUGCAGGGCCUGUUUUGGGUGAUUGGGGGAGUGGCUAUGGAAUUGCAGCUCAGGCAUUGAUUGCAGUGAUGAGGGCUCAUGAUGGUCGAGGCCCACAAACAAUGCUCUCAAGUUGUAUCCUACAGUCACUAGGUCUUUCUUCUCCGGACGAACUCAUAGGGUGGACCUACGUGGAUCCAUCUUGGGCUCGCAUUGCAGCACUUGUUCCAGUAGUUGUAUCCUGUGCGGAGGAUGGCGAUGAUAUUGCCGACGAGAUCUUACAUAAUGCAGUUCAGGAGUUGGCUCUAAGUGUCAGAGCUGUUGUCCAGAGACUUCAUUUGGCCGGGGAAGAUGGAAAAGGCUCCUUCCCUGUUGUUAUGGUUGGAGGCGUACUUGGAGCUAACAAGAAGUGGAAUAUAGGGAAUGAAGUUACUAAUUCUAUUUUGAAGACUUAUCCUGGAGCUUGUGUAAUUAGACCAAAGUGCUUCUAGUGAUAUAACCUAAACAAGAAGGGGGAACUCAUUAUUUCAAUAACCAGGUGGAGCCUGCGGUAGGAGCUGCUUUACUUGCAUUAAAUUUCCUGAUGAAAGAAACAGUAGCAAAUGGCCACAGUUGAAACCUGAUUGUACAGAUCUGCAAGUGUUUAACUGUAUAAACAUUGAUCACUCCGUGCCCUUAGAUCAGUGGAUUAUAUAAUGUGUACUUUCCUCUCUUUUCAUUGCAUAUGCAGAUUUCUAAAUGUGGUAAGGUAUUCAAGUGAUCCUUGCACCAUAUUGUUGUAACAUUUCUUUGUUUGCUAAGGUUGGCAGUCUUUUGCUGGGGGGGAGGAACUGGAAGUAGAUUGUUUGGUCAUCGUUGCAUUUGUAUUGCAAAUGGAUACAUUAAGUUCAUAACAUACCAAUAUCUAUAUAAUUUCUUUAAUAGCGUUCUCCUCUA